AUGUUCAAUUGUGGCGGUUGUGGAGGCGGGAACCCGUUGUCUUUGUUGUUCGGAUCGCCAAGCGCGCCGGCGGAGGAGGAGGUGUCGAUGUCUUCGAUUGAGUCGGUGAUGGCAGAGAACUCUGCGUUGGUGGCUGAACAAUGGUUUCCGUUGGUGCAUCCGCGUGUGUACGAGAAGUGGGGAGAAGCAGCGCGGCCGCAGAUCCGAUCGGUGUUGACGGAGAUAGCGAGGAAUUCACGCGGCGAUCCGGUCGGGACCGAGGAGGCUUGUGUGGAAUGGAAACCUGCACGACUAGAAGUUCACAUGUUCGACGGGCGCAGCGUCAAACUUACCGACGUACGACGCGCCCUCGCUUUCCUCUUUGUAGAUGACGAUUCCUAUCUGGCCCUCAUGAAUCUCGCCCGUGAUGAAAAUGAACCACUCGAAACUUUGUGCAAUAACCCACGAUGUGCUAACAUUCGUCAUGUCGUCAUCCCCGAUUAA